GUUUUUUGCAAUUGUUUUGUUUUCUGGCAAAAAAUGUCAAACUCUGUGAAUAUAUCGGUGGAAACAACCUGCGAGAACCAAAUCCGUGAGAUUGGCUACGAUGGCACGGAGCUGUAUCAACCGCCGCCAACUUUGUCCGAAAGUCUGGCGAAAUGUGCGGCACGCAUCGACUUCAGCAAGACGUCGCUGGACGACCUGAAGAGGGAGGAGAAGUCGGCUGCAGCGGCGGCCGGGGAUGAGGACAACAAGGACGCCACCCAGUUCCAGGAGAGCCUCUGGCCGUGGGACGCUGUGCGCAACAAGCUGAAGGACGCCCUUACCGAGAUCUGUGUGCUGUCCGACGUGAUCUCCAUAGCCAAGGACAAGCGCUACUUGGUGCUGGACCCUCUGCUGGAGGAGGGCGACGAUACCAAGCCGAUUGUACAGGUGUACAGCCGGAAGAAGGCCAUCUCACAGGCGGCACAAGUGCUGCUCGGAGGAGCGGAGCGCCUGCGAAACGCCCACAGCGAGCAGCGCAGUCGCAACGUGUCCGACUUCCACAUCGAACUGCUCCGACUACGUCAAAACUGGCGCCUGAAGAAGGUGUCCAACGCCAUUAUCGGGGACCUAAGCUACCGCACCGCAGGCUCUAAGUUCGGCAUGAGCGGCACCUUUGAGGUGACCAAGGCGGAGGAGGCCUUGGAUGACGACACUGUCAGCACGUCCAGCAGCAGCAGCACCGCCUCGGGCAACAAUGGAAUGCAGCUGAAGGCCAGUUCCGCGUUGCGGGUGAUUGUGCCGGCCGAACUGCAGGGCGUGGCCUAUAUCAAAGUGAUCACGCAGAAGGACCAGGAAGACUUGUGUACGGCCCAAGUGAACCUGAUGGGCCACGGACCCAACAUAACCGCCCAGGUGGGCGUGUGGCAGAAGACGCUGGAGUUUGCCCAAAACGUGCUCUUCUGCAAGGAACUAUUCGCUCAGUUAGCUCGCGAAGCCAUCCAGCUGCAGGCCCCGAUUCCUCAUGUGGUCAUUGGCAACCAAAUUCGUGCCACCCUGCUGCCCAAUAUACAGCUAAUCAUCUCCCUCUGCCACUCGACCACAUUCGACUCCAGCCUGCCAGCGCCCAUCAACGACCACGACCAUGUACUCGAGCACUCACUGCACCAGCUGCUGCGCGAGGUGCACUACAAGAAUUCGCAUCAUCCGUUCCCUCACCCGGCCAGCGCUCCAUUGGGACCCACGAAGAAGCGCAUGCUUGCAGGUCCCAUGGCUGCGGACCGAGAGACGCUAUUGGACAUGACCAAGACGCAGACCAUUCUUGAGCAGAUCAUAGCCCAGGCACAGCACAUCUUCAUGCGCAAGCGAACGCAGUACGUGCUGGAUACUCUGGCCAGGGAUGUAAAGGAUCCCCAGAUAGUGUCGCACUGGAACGCAAUGAACAGCCCCACCAUGUCGUGCGUGAAAAUCAACAUUGUGACGCACGGAUACGAUGCCAUUGGGCGCACGUCGCUGGUGAUUCACGUCAAGGAGCGAUCACUGAAGUGCAUCUGCCGAGACGGACGCGUGAUGCGGCUGUCCUACGAACCACAGGAGCUGCGCGACCUGAUACUCUGCCAGAUCAACUCACACCAGAUCUCAUGCCUAAUCAGUUUGGCCCGCUGCAUGGCCUGGACGGUGCUCUCGAACAGCAAUCACCUGGGCAUUGGCAAGGUGGAGCCGCUGGGCAAUGCCAGUUCCUGUCUGCUGGCCUCGCCCAAUAGCGAUCGAAUGAUUGCCGUGCAGAUCCGCUGCGAUCCCCAGAUCGAUGUUAAAGUCUACAUAGCGAGAAGUCCACGCCAGGACUUCUUUCCCAGUCCCUUGGUUCCCGAGAAGCUCUGGGAGAAUCUGGGCGGUAAUUUCAAAGAGGUGAGAUUCGACAAAAUUGAGGGCAAGAGUUUUCUCAACAAAAUGGAAUUUCUGAUGGCCUCACUGACAAGCAACUCGGCCUGAAGCCGGAGCCCAAGGCGGGGCCCCCCUCCCUCAUCCCCUAGUUUAUAUAUAAAUCGAAUUAGAACUCGUACUAUGUUAAGGAUUAUUUAAAGUAAAAAGAGUUGUAACUAUGUA